AUGACUACUAAAGACACCUUACAUGGCCAUUGGCACCCGCGCAGACAUUUUACUAAAAUCGCAGCUAAUAAUUGGAAUGAUCGCUUUCGUCAUAUAGCAAAACCCCCACCACCAGUAAAAUUUGCUCAGCGAUCGGAGGAGGUGCGGCAACAUCGGUUCUCGUUACACGAUAACAGACAUACAUUUUCCAAGGAAGGAGCAUAUUUUGAAACGGCAUUAGGUAAAAAGAAAUCUACUACCGGGACUCAGUUUACUUCAACUCGUAAUCUAAUCAGCUGGCAUGGGAAUAACACUGAUGGUUCUUUACUGUCAACAUAUCGAUCAGCAUAUCGUAACGGGACCGAAAAUCCAGCAUUAGAUGUAUGCACGCAGUUUAUUAAAUCUCAAAAGGCCGCAAAAUUGAAACCACAAACCCAAACUCAGUCGGAUUAUUCGUGCGAUCCAUCAACGAUGGCAUUAAAUCAUCAUGCAAUCAGUAGACCAACAACUUCAUUUCAACCUCAGAAAAGGCGAUUAACUAGAAGACCACAGAGUGCAAUGUCACUUUGCAGGAGAGACACCUCUAAUUUAUUAAAGUGGGAUAUCAAUUCUGAAAAGUCUCGUGAAACAUGACAAAAAUGCUACAAUAUCAAAGUUUUACAUUUAAAUGAUUGCUUAAAUUAACCAAAUAUCUAGCCUAUAAACUAUAACAGUUUUGACAAUCUGAUUUUGUUUGACUUUGAGAAAUUAUAAUUAGAAACAAUAAGUUAAUCUUACAAGACUAUGCAAUUUUACGACAUAACUCUAUUUCAAAGGUUAUAUCUGAUAUAAUAGUAAUAAUUACAAGCAGGUGUCUGUUUAACAUUUACAUCCGCCUAUCUAUAUAGUAAGUUCGAAUAUCCUACAAUCGUCGACUAUAGCAAAUCUGUCCAAAUUCAGCGCAAUUAACUCAAAUACUGAAAAUAAAUAC